AUGGAGCUGACCGAAAUGCGACCUGACUUUGAUGUUGAGAACGACCUAGAAGUCAUUGCGUCCGAGUUUGCCUGGAAAGGCAAGGUCCUGACUGGAGAGAUCAAGGCGGCGGUGAGCCCAGGCGCCAUCGACAAAGUCCGCCACACGCUGUCGUCCAAGCUCAACGAUGAUGCCACGAGCUUGUCGCUGAUGGAGAUCGCCACUCGGCGCUACAAGACGGUCCUUUGCAAACCGUUGGCGCACCACACUCGUCCAGAGGUGGCGCUGUCCAAGCGAGCCCGACUCCAGACGUUCCUCGAGCAAGUGCUCCAACUCCUGACGAUGUUCGAAGUUAAAACGAAGCAAAUUAUGGUGCCGACGCACCAACUCGUCCACGACAUUCUUUCGACCACGACGUUGGUGCCUUUCGUUUGCGACAUCGCGCUGGACUCGGUCGAAGUCGUCGAAGUGUCCAUUCCCGGCAACCGGUGGGCCAUCACGCACGUCAUUGCCGCCAACGUCGUCCAAGUCGGCGCAUUCCGCCACCACGUCCGGCUUCGCAACACUCGCACCGGCCACGUCGCGGCGAUCCAGCGCUUGCUGCACCAGUCUUCCCCCAGUCUAUGGCAUGCGGGCGAGCCCAUGUUCAGCUUGAACCAAGGGCAAGAAGUGCAGUCGACCCAGGAACUGUCGGCCAGCCAUCAGACCCACCUGUCGGGUCAGGUGCAUGCGCUGAAGCGGGGUCCCGCCAAGGGGACAGACAAGAUGGAAUGA